AUGCCUAAGUUAGUUCGAUUGGAUCUCAAUAAAGAUACGACAAUAGCUAAAGCGGGUGGAGGUCUUCUCUCACGAGGAGAGCCGAGUGGCCAGAGCCGUGAGGGAGAGAGAGCCAAGAGUGGCGUGAGAGAAAGAAGCUUUGGCUUGGGUUUUAGAAUUACCUUGAAUGUUUGGUGUAGCCAUGUAUUUAUAGGCUCCUUGUGUGCUAGGGAGAUAUUCUUCUUAUCCACGUGGAGCCUUGCGAUUGGAUCACCAAGAUAUUUGCUCCCACAAAUGCCUCCAGCUUCUGCAUGGCAUGGAGGAGGUGAGAAAUAUUUAUUGGGUUGUCCAACUGCAUCUGGGCUUCCUUUCGCGACUUGGGCUCCUGACUAG